AUGGCUCCCAUCCGCGUCGCACUUAUCGGCCUCUCCCAAUCCGCCAAAACCUCUUGGGCAACGGAAGCUCACCUCCCUUACCUUCUUUCCAAUCGGGGCAAACAGAAGUACAAAAUCGUCGCCUUACUCAACUCGAGUGAAGCGGCCGCGAAACGAUCCAUCGAAAGCUUCGAUCUUGGGCCAGAUGUAAAGGCUUACGGCUCUCCUCAGGAACUCGCCGCUGAUCCGGACAUCGACCUUGUCGCGUGCACUACCCGCGUAGAUGUACACUUUCCGACCGUCAAGCCGAGCAUUGAGGCCGGCAAGGCAGCCUUCGUAGAGUGGCCUCUGGCUGAGAAUGCCCAGCGAGCGGCUGAGCUUGCAACGCUGGUUGAGCGGACGGGUGCGCCCACGUUCGUGGGUCUGCAGGGCAGGGUCUCACCGAUCAUCCGCAAGCUGGCAGACACGCUACGCGAUGGGGUAAUCGGCAAAGUCCUAAGCAGCAAGGUUGACGCAUACUCGAUUUUUAGUGCACGUGAUACCGUCUCGGAAGGCAUGUCGUACUUCCUGAAUAAGCAGAUUGGAGGCAACUCGAUUACUAUCGCAGUCGGACACUUGAUCGACACCAUUCACUCGGUGCUGGGAGAAUACGUCAGCUCCAAUGCACAUACCCAGAUUCAGCGGCCAGACUGGGCGGUCACCGACGCCGAGACCGGCGCGAAGCGGAGUGCAAAAUGUGACGUACCGGACUUGCUGUCACUACACGGCACACUGUCUGCAUCCAGCUACGUUGCAGAGGGUGCGUCGCUCGUUGUCAACUUCCGGAGAAGUACUCCGUUUCCGGGCAUCACGCCGUUUGUCUGGACCAUCAAUGGUGAGAAGGGCGAGAUCCGCGUGACCAACAAAAACGGCGUCUAUCUCUCCGCGGAAGGUGACAAGUCCGCAAUCAAAACUGAGGUCCACUCCUUCGCUACGGAUACAGUCGAGACACUCGACUGGGAUUUUGAGGAGUGGCAGGAGUCGCUUCCACCAAGGUCCAAAAACAUUGCCAAGCUUUACGAUCUGUACGCCGAUGGACAGUUGGCUGAGUACGGCGGCGUCGACUUUGCGAGUGCAGUGAAACGGCACGAGCAGCUGGAUCGGUUACUGUGGCCCUGA